CCUAAUGAUCUCCUGGAAUGUUCGCUUACCUGCUGUAACGAGUACGAGUCUCACGGGAAUUUAUGCGCUGUGUUGACCUCCCGUCGCUCUUCCUUGUUGAGCACGGAUCUGUUAGCCGUUGUUGUUGUUGGGGUCGUCUUUCUUCCUCCCUGGGCAUUGAACAGACCUCACCCUGCCUGGGACUAUAUAGUACAUGAGAAACGAGAUCAGCGAAGAAUAAACACUUGUCUACCAGUCAUUCCCUUCGAAUCUCCAACCCAUGUCGACACUCGCCGCCUCUGCGACUCCCCCGCCGUCGGGGUUGCUCAUUGAUCCUACCAAACAAGCGGAAUACCCCAUUCUGUUGGGAGAUAAACUCUCUGGGAAAGAUGGCACCAAGGAGACUCGUUUCAUCAAUAUCACCUAUAACCACAAGAGCAAAUCGGCUACCCCACACCAGCGGUCGGUCAUCACUCGUUCAUCAUCCUCGCCAGACAUCUAUAAGUUGACGGUAACGGACAAGGCCGGGAAUGCGGAGCAGACAACAUUGACAUAUUCAUAUGAAGGAAGCGUGGAUCCUGCGUCGCCAGUAUCACAAUCAGACACACGGAACCUGGUGUUGGUCUUUGAUCCAGCACGCAAGGCGUUUAUCUUGGAGCCGGUCUCAAGCCAAUUGAACUUCAAUCUGCGUUCAGCCCCGGGAAAGACGGAAAAACAGGUGUCGGAGCAGUAUCCCCAACUGCCGGUUCUUCAUGAAGACGACCAACCUUCAGCAGAUGAACCGUCGCGGGAGAACGCAAGCGAGGAUGAGGAUCCCGGAGCUGCUGACGAGAGCAACCCAUACGAUUUCCGCCAUUUCCUUCCCAAGGCCAAUGCCGAAGCCGAAAAGAAUGCUAUUUCUUCCAGCACAACGCCGGAUCCCCAUAACGUGCCGACCAAGGUCAGCACCCCGUCGCUACCCGCUACCAAGCCGCCAGCGCCAUCAAUACGCAGAAGCAAACCUCAGACCAACCCUCUACGUCAGCAGAAGCGUGCCCCUAAGCCUGCUCAGACCAUCAAGGCUACAGAAGACAAACCCAAACCCGAACCUGCUUCCAAAGCUAAGCCAGAUCACUUGGUUUCUGAUUCGGCUCCCUCAGAUGAGGAACCGAGUCAGCCAACAUCCGCCAAACCUGCCGCAUCACCGAAUUCCAACAUCAUCAUCGAUGGAGAUCUGAUAAUUGACAUGGGCUCUCCACCACCGUCACGCAAGCCAUUCAUUGUCAACCCUACUCAUUUCUCAUCAAAUAAUACAUCUGCCAAUGAAGCAGACGAUGAUGGCGAUGAUGAGGAAGACAUUGAAGAUCUCCGCCUUCCAUCUCCUGCAAGUCCUUCCAGAAAUGCGCAACCCGAACAGGCCAACGAUGAGGUCGAGGAUGAUGAUGCGCUGGCGGCAGAAAUGGAGGCUGCCUUCGAAGAGAGCGCUCGUGAGGAAGAAGCAAGGCGGCAGCAGCAGCAAUAUGCAGUAGCCAGCGACGACGAGAGUGAGGUCAGUGAGGAAGAGUAAUAAGGUAAACGAUGCUUCUCUUGUGUGGUUAUCUGCGAGAUGUCGUGGUAGAUGUGUCUGUCAUCCUUUUCUUGAUUUAGCGAGCAAGCAUAGCGAUAGCAUACUUCGGAGUUUCUGGUGAUAAACGGGAAUGUGGUCCCUGCAAUCUUUACACGGGAUCGAACAGUUAUGAUACCAAGUCAGUGUCAGUCUAUCUCGGUGUUCUACUAGCAACAUCUCAGCAAUUUAACACGGUUAGAAUAACCAAA